AGUUCAGUAGCAGCCUUUGACAGAUCCACUGACUGUCCUAGCCGCCUGAAGUACUCGGGCGGCUUCAUGAAUCUUUGCAUUGUAAGCUCGGUCCUGUUCUUCCUGAACACCUGUGCCGCGCUUUCAACGACGCCGCAAUGACUCCUUAUCUUCCCGGACGCCCUCUCUCCCGUGAAGGUACUGUGAUCCAUUGCAGUCGGGUACUCACUCGAUACAACUAUGCCAGUGGUAUGCGGAAGAUUGCUGUCGCAGCGAACCAAAGACCUUGCAAGGGCUGUUCAGCAACGCUUGCUGAUCAUAGACCGUGCCACGUUCGUGAUACACUAUUUUCAUCACGAAAUCCUCAACGAGAUCUAAAGGCGACAGAAACUAUCUAUUUUUCGACUGGCUUCUGACGCAACGAAUUAACUUGUAGCUCGUGCCGAACAUCUGUCUCCCUGGGA